ACAUCUCCAAACACUCCCACAUUUCAUUCAUAUCUCCUAAAAACUAAUUCCCAUCUCUUCCAACAAAAUCAGACACAAUACUUUUGUUACAUGAGCAGAAGAGAAUAAAUCUAGGCUAUACCACAAUCAUGAGUUGCAACGGUUGUCGUGUUCUCCGAAAAGGCUGCAAUGAGAAUUGCAUUCUUAGACAUAGUCUUAGUACUAUUGAAACAGCUCAAGCUCAAGCCAGUGCCACACUUUUCGUCGCCAAAUUCUUCGGUCGUGCUGGCCUUAUGUCCUUCCUCUCCUCUGUCCCCGAGCAACAACGACCUGAUCUAUUUCAAUCUCUAUUAUUCGAAGCAUGUGGGAGGACAGUGAAUCCAAUAAACGGGGCGGUUGGGCUACUAUGGACAGGAAACUGGCACUUAUGCCAGUCAGCCGUCGCGACUGUUCUUAGAGGGGGAACCAUACAUGCGAUGCCUGAAGCGUUUUCGCUUGAUCAAGCAACUAAGGUGUCAUCAUCCGAGAGCAACAAUGUAUCCGAAGAUAACAACUACACUUAUAUGGAACUUGGAGUUGCUAAAUCGUCUGGUUUGAACUCGUACGUUGAUGGAAGUAAUGAUAGGUUGACGAUUAAAUUAGAGAGAACGGCGUCCUUGAAUGUAUCUGAAACGACUACGUUAGAAAGCAGUACUCCUUCACCUUGUAGUGAAACAAAGCUUUUGAGACUCUUCUCGUGAAUAACUACAAGUUUAUCGAAAUUUGUUUUUUUUUCUCCUAGGUUUUUUUUACUUACAAGAGAGUGAGAUUUGAGUUAAUUCUCAUUAACUUUUAACUCUUGUACGUGUUAUCAUCCUCUAUAAAUAUCAAAUAUCUUGAUCAUAUAAUAGAAGAUGUGGGAAAGAGGCUUAAAUGAAACCAAUUAUAUUUCUAUUAGUUUUUUGAACAAAA